AUGGCACCUUCCAGGGUAGAUGAUGACUUACAGCCAAGGCCACAUGAGCAAAAUCUGCCAAUCAUGAAGCCAAACGGCGAAGGUCAUCUUCUGCAUCGUUCCCUCAUAGAACAUCCCGUCAUGGUGGAGAAGGCUAAAGGGCUGACGCUACACCUUUCCGAUGGUCGAACUGUUCUCGAUGCUUGUGCUGGCGCCGCAGUUGCCUUAAUCGGCCACGGUAGGGAAGAGGUUCAUCAAGCCAUUAUGAAACAGAUGCAGAAUGUCAGCUAUAUCCAUACACAGUCUUACACCACUUCUUCGGCGGAGGAGCUGGCCGACUUUCUUCUGAGCGGAAACCCCUACGGGCUCGAGAAGGCAUUUUUUGUUGGCAGUGGCAGCGAGGCGGUUGAGUCCGCUUUAAAGCUCGCGCGACAGUAUCAUUAUGAGAAAAAUGAGCCUGACCGACUUCAUUUUGUCUCCCGGCAGCAGAGCUAUCACGGCAAUACCAUUGCUGCCAUGUCAAUUUCGUCAAAUCUUGCUCGCAAGGUCCCCUUUAGUGGCUUUAUGUACCCUCAUACCUCUCACGUUUCCCCCGCAUACGCAUACCGGCACCAGAUGCCGGGAGAGACAGAGGCAGAAUUUACGUCCCGACUGCUGCGUGAGCUUGAGGAGGAAUUCCUUCGCAUCGACCCCGAGAAGAUUAUUGCUUUUGUAGCCGAGCCGAUCGUUGGCGCAACCGCGGGUUGCGUCACAGCCCCUGCCGGAUACUUUACCGGCGUCCGGGCUCUGUGCGAUCGAUACGGCAUCCUACUGAUACUUGAUGAGAUUAUGUGUGGCGUGGGACGUUCAGGGACAUUUUUCGCUUUUGAACAGGAAAACGUUGUCCCUGACAUUAUGACUAUCGCUAAGGGACUUGGAGGUGGAUAUGCACCCAUCGCAGGAGUCUUGGUCCACAAGAAGGUAAUUGAUGUGCUCCGCAAGGGCAGCAACGCUUUCAACCAUGGACACACCUACCAGGCUCACCCUGUUUCUUGCGCCGCCGCAUUGGCGGUCCAGCAGAUCGUUCGGCGAGAGAAUCUGGUUGAACGCAGCGCUGCUCUGGGACAGGUUCUGGAACAGCAACUGAGGACUGAAUUGGUGCACUGCCCAUCAGUUGGCGAUAUUCGCGGGCGAGGCCUCUUCUGGGCCGUAGAGUUCGUGCAGGACAGAGCAACCAAGGCGACAUUUGAUCCCACGGUUAAGUUCGGCUUGCGAGUCCAACAAGCUGCGUUCGACCGAGGAUUGGCAAUAUAUCCUGGUGCGGGGACGGUGGACGGCAUGCGAGGCGACCACAUCCUCCUGGCUCCUCCUUUUACUGUUACCGAGGCGGAAUUGCGGCAGAUCUGUGAGAUCUUACGAGAGGCGAUAGAAUCCCAAGAAAAGGAGUAUAUUGGCUGUUAA